AUGAGCUACGCUGUCCACGGCCUGGAUGUGGCCCUGACUUCUGUGGCUGGUGCUCAAGAGGUCAUCUCGACGAUACUGUCUCGUCGGCUGGUAGCCAGGCUUAUUCUCGGUCACAACGAGCUCGGAGAUGAUGGCUGCGAGGAGCUGUUCAACUUUCUCCGCUCUGACCUUGGCCGGAAGUAUAAAAUCUCCGAAAUCAGCUUGAAUUCGAACAAGAUUGGCGACCGCGGGCUGCUCGUCAUCGCGCGGUAUUUAGAAGGUAACACCACACUCGGCGAACUCUUCCUGCAGAACAAUGAUUUCGUUGGAGACGCGGAAGUUGUUUCUUCCUUCACGGCCGCACUGAAUUCGUCCCGGCUGGAGACACUGUGCCUGUCGACUAAUUCUGGUCUAUCUGACACCUUUGCUUCUCGGUUCCUUCCUGCUUUGGACUGCCCGUAUUUGCACGAACUACAGAUAUCGGCGUUGGGCCUUACCCGCACCGCUGCCCCGUACAUCAUCGAAUAUAUCUCGUCCCCACGCUGCCGGCUGCACUCGCUGCAGAUGAACGGAAAUCGUCUCGGUCUACGCGCCAUGCAAGCGAUCGUUCGUGCUCACUGCCGUAGCAACUUUUCAAUCGUGAAGACGGAGAUGUACGCGAGCCUGUGGGCAGACGGGAGCGACGAUGAGCACGAGGUCGAGGUCAGAGUUGGGGAGGACCGCCGGACGCUUUGGAAGGAGAGCGAGCGUCUGUUGAGGGGCGCACUGGACCGGAACAAGCAUUUGCAGAGGCAGACGGAGAGAGAGGCAUUUGCAUUGCUGCGGUAUGCGCGCGCAACGCUCCUGUACCCGAAAGGUAUGCACAAAGCAGCUGAAUCGUGUCGUGCUGGGCCCUCCUCGGGUUCGGACCCGUGUGUCUCGCCAUCGGUCGACAGUCUCUUCUCGUCUAUAGGUACCCCGGUAAACAUACUAGCCCUUGGGCCGCCAGUUAAGCCGUUCCUCUUCAGUCUUCUGCCCACAGAGCUUCAACUGUAUAUCCUCUCUUUCCUCGCGCCCACACUCUCGACAUCCCAGCGCCUCCGGAUAGUCACGUACGCCUCGUCCCGAUCCACGCUGCCGCCACUUCUGCCCUCUCUCUAUGCUCGGGACUGCCCAGCAUCCUAUCCCGUUUCCCAGCCUUCCGAGCUGUCUGCGAUAGGCGGUUCACGCAUCCGCAGACGACCGCCGGCGGACGUCGCCCGCAGCUUAUGCGUGAGAAAAAGUCAGACGAACAGGAGACAGGACGAGAGGUUUAGGUGGUUGACUGAGAUGAAGUGUGAUGUAUACGAGGUAGAUCCGGAUAUGUCUUUCACUCACGAGAACGACGGUGCGGAAGGUUCGCUUGCAAAUGGGUCUCCGCAUGAUCUAUGA